AUGCAUCUAUCAUACUGUACUUCACGUAAAAAAAGUUUUACGUGAAUAUUUAUACAGCAAACACUGUUUUACCAGGACUGUUUUCAAUGUUUUAUAGCAUAAAGUACUUUAUACUUUUGUUUUUUGUCCCAUUUAUUCCGUUAUGCAUGUUUUUAUAAUUCGCGUGUUAUGUUAUUUAAUUGCGUUCUUAUUCUUUUUUUUUUGUUUUUGAACGUUGCCGUGACAACUCCACACGCAUCAUUAAAAUUAACUACAAACUUUUAGUUAUCACAUCGCAAUUACAGUAUAUUUGCGUUGUGUGGCUCAAAACAACAACAUAAAGCAUUGGUACUCUACAAUAAAUGCAGAACUUCUAACGAAAUUAAAGAGGUAUCAAUUCAUCAACAAAACCAACUCAACAAUCCCCAACAUCGACCAUACAUUUCAUUACAAACUACACCAUCAUCAACGUUCAUUGUACCACACCAAUAAUAAUACUAUCAUAAAGAGCACAUAUUUGUCCCGCUUAUAUCGCCAGGACAACCGGAGUCUCUGCAUUAACGGCGGGUUGUUUCAGGCUGAGUAAAAAAGCCAGCGAAGUGAGCCGAAAACUUGACGACCGGUGCCGAAACGCCCCGAUUCUCGCCCUCUGGCCAGGUGUGUGGAGAUUUUCGGAAGUGGCCGCACGCGCACCGCUCGUUCGGCCAUUCCCAAGACCGUCAGUGUUUUUGUGGCCGGUGCGACGGGAAUCAAAUGCAACGCUAAUUUUUGGGACUUAGUGCUGGGUUAUUACGACAGUUUGGCUGAUAGCUUGCGUUUUUUAUGCUUUUGAAUUAAGAGUUUGAGGUUUUUUCUUAAAAUGCCAUAGUGUUCUUCGUCUUGAUACAAAAUUUGCCUCAAGAUACAAAUUAUAUUCUACGUACAAGCAACUUUACCGACAACCUUCCUUUUAUACAUAGUACAAAUUUUACUAUCUACAAAAAACAACACCCGUACAACGUGACAAUUACCUCAACACUGUCUCUUUCAUAAUUGCAAUUCACAAAAACAAAGUAAAUAAUCCUCUUCAUUCUUUCUCUACAAGAUUUGAACACUCCUAAUUUGUAUGUACAAAAAGUAAAUUCACCUGCCACGCGGGAACGACAGCACGUUACUUUCUCAAGACUUCUUUUUUUUCUUCCCAUUGAGAAACCUUACAUUCACAACGGGCCAGCUGACAAGUAUACCAUUAUUAUCAACUGCCCAUAAGACCCGCCUUCACACACACCAUAUACAUUCGGCUUUAGCGGGCUUACCGGUUCUCCACUACCCGAAUUCAAACAUUCGGAUUACGUAAUAACUUGUGUCCUCUUGUUUGUAAUAACUCGAGACUCUUGUUUAAAUUUACAUUCCGUAGAAAUUGCCCAAGAGUUUAAUUGAGUCGAACGUUCAACGAACUGUUGCGGCCACAACUCAUUACCCAGGUCAUUAAAGACCUGCAAAACGAUUACUUUUUCGCAAAAUAACCAACACCCCGUGGCCAAAUUGUCGUCGUGUGUGAUAGAAUUCGCGGGCAUUCGUGCCGUGGAUGGUUGCGUACCAUCAUCCGUUAACCAUCAUACUAACGCGCUACCUCAUUUAGUUGUAUCGACAGCAUCGGUCGAGUCACCGUACGAGUCCAGCUGUUCAGGCGCCACUGACAACGAAUCUUCCAAAACCGAUUCCUCGACCAGUGGCCGAAUCCCAACCGAACGACGUAGCAGACGUCGACGUCGAAAAAAACCGAGCAGUCGAAUCGAGUGGUCGAGUGUUUCGUCCGCCGAUUCCAGUCGGCCACCCAACUAUUUCGCGAAUUCGGCCGCGUUGACUUUUCAACACAACCGAUUCGACGAUUCUUUCAAGAUAGCCAGUGACAAAAGCACGGUCUUUAGUGCGCCUCAAGAAGACGACUUUUUUGUAACCUGUCAUAAAAAUUUUAAAUAUCCGGUGAGUCAGACACCUCCGCCGUUAUCGACCAACAAAUCGAAGCGAAAGGAGAAUUCGUAUUGGAAAAAUAAAGAAAUCGAGGAGAUCGACCUCCCUUUGUCAAGCUGUAACGAACACUCAUUGCAUAAGUAUUCAACAGCAUCGACAGCUACAUACGACCCUAAUAAUAUUUAUAAAAAAGCGCUGGCUGAACUUGACCAAAACGCAAAAUUCAACAAUUUGGUCAAAAAGUACGGCCUUGAAGCUUGCGUAUCCGGAGAAAACCACCUACAACAGCAGCAAAACAGUAGUCCUGUAGAUAAUAGCCGUUAUCUUGACAGUAGUUACGAGUGUUUACCAUACUAUUACCCAUUUAACAAUCUGAGGCGCGCACCAACCCCAUUCCGUGUUGUUACCAUCGAGUCCGAAUUCCCUUCAACUGAUCGAAUGGAGGCUCAAAAUGGGACCCGACCUGAAGGCUCAAACGGGCAUUACGGAGGUGAUGCCGUUCGCGGAGUUUGCACUAUUCCAGCCCGAAAGAGCGGUGUUUUUGCAUUAGGCUUUCAAGCUGUAGCAUUUAUAUUGUGCGCUUCGAUUGUCACCGUCUUUUUCUGCCACAUUGGCGGCUACUCGACUAUAGCAAACGGUGUUUUUCACAUCGGUGUGAACAGAACGCAUGUCAACAAAGAAGGUGACAUAAUCGGCUACUCGCAAGCGUACGCUGUAGCUGAUUGGAAUGUUCGGGCAAAACGACAAGCUGAUGAAAAUGAAGGCAAUGGAAAUAAGAAUAAUAAAAAAAAUAAUAAGAAGAACGGCAAAAACAAAAAUAGAAAAUCAGAAGAAAUCGACGAGGAUGAAGAUAAUGAGGAAGUUAAUCAAGAAGAAAAUCAACAGAAUCAACCAACCAGAAAUGAUGAAUCAUUCCCUACGCCUAUUUUAAUGGAUCCACAAGAAAACAAGAACGCUGACGAUGAGAUAGACCUUCCACAAACACCUGAUGUAAGUUAUAAUAGCAAAAUAUGUGUUAGAAAACAUAUAAAACAACUAGUAAUCCAUAAAUUUUAGGAAGAUAUUAUGGUAAACGUUCCAACAUCUACCGUUGCAAUUCCGACAAUGACUACCAUAGCACCUCCGGCGUCAAUUAGGCCAUCAAUUCCUAUGGCUUCAGAAGCUGCACCAGUGCCAGAACCUACAGAAAAGUUCCCAGAAGCCGCGCCUAUUCCAACUGAAGGACCAACUCAAAUUUCUGCAGAAGACGAUAACAGUACCAUGGAAGCAAUUGUAGCACCCGACGAUGAGAUGCUACCCAUUGACAUGAAUACUACUGUUGCUAGCGUGGCUGUGAUAGCUACAACUGAAAUUGUUGAAGACGAAGAAGAGCUGCUAGCACCUUUUGAACGUAUCUACGAUGGACCGUUCCCACUAGUAAAUGCAGUAACUCUACACAUUGGUAGGAUGGAAAUUGAGCUGCUGAACAUACUAAGGGCUUCUUGCGUGGUUUACUUGGUCAUUUGUUUUAUCUGGUUCUUAUCGUUAAUUUGUUUGGGAAUGUCGUUGUACUUCGAAGUGUUAGACUUGGUCUACACCAACAUAUUUGUUUUGACAGUGGUGUCAAUUUAUACGUUGAUCAAGGCGUUGUUGAUUGGAAUUCUCAUCUUUAAACAGGUAACUUUACGUUUUUUAACCGCCAUUUUCUUCAAAAUUUUCGCCAAUUCCAUAUUUUUCGAAGCCACUAAUAAUACGGUUGUUUCAACCCUAUUGAAAUUAGGUCUUUAGUGUCAAUGAUAUUAACUUUUGAGUCCGACUCAAAAAUAGCCGCUAAUUACGGAUGAUAGCUGACGUUUGGGUAACAUUAGUAAUCCUAUUCAAAACAUUUUAAGUGCAUAAAAAUAGUAUUUUUCGUAAUAAUCAUAUUUUCAAUAGCGAAAAGAUUGGUGAUUAAGUUUCUAAUUGCUAAUUUGCCACACAAAACAUUGUUAAUUGUAACAACCGUACCAUGAAACGUAACUUUACAGCUUAGUGCGUGUCACAUUUAAAUUAUUGUAAGCUAAUCAAUUUUCUGACAAAUGUCUUUGAAAUUGUUCAAAUCCAAAAUUUAAAUGUCAAAGAAUAAGUUGUAAAGCACACCAAUUACUGGUAGCAACCAAUAUAUUUUAAUCCACUUUUCUCAAAAUCAGCCCUUUGAAAAACAUGCUUAAAUUUAGAAGACAAUCGACUGGCACAUACUCGGUGUCAUUUCCGGUACCGUCGGUGUGUUAAUCUUGAGCUUUAUCCUCAUGGUCGGAGCCAUGGUGUUAAUGAUUGUGUGGUAUCGGUACAUCGACUACAUGAAUGGCGCUAAUGAAACCGUGAGUUCUUUUCAUUAUUCUCGGCAAAAUCUUUUGAAAAAAGUGCAUUUUUGAAUUUUUUAAAAAAGCUGCAAAUUGCCAUCCUUUAAAGUAUCAAAAAUGCCAUUCUUUAUAAUAUCAAAAAUGCCAUCCUUUAUAGUACCAAAAAUUAUUGCCAUCUUUUCAGUGCGUAUGUACAUCCUCAAUCGCGCAGCUCAUCAAACGCCGGCACGGUUCGGCACGACAGCCAAGACGACAGAACGUUGCUGGCGACUACUCCAUUCCGGAGGCUACACAGCACGCUAGCCUGCCGUAUAUUGAUGAGCCGCCGGUUCAUCAGUUCAGUAACUUUUGA